AUGAAAAUGCCGCCCCCAAUGCGUCACCGCUCCAUGAGAGUCUUCAUGAAUGACGACCGCCAUGUGAUGGCCAAACACUCAGCCAUCUACCCCACUCAAGAGGAACUGGAGGGGGUCCAGAACAUGAUCUCUCACACAGAACGGAGCCUCAAAGCAGUGUCCGACUGGCUGGACAAAGAGGAGAAAUGUUCAACUGAUGGAACAGAACCUGAGAAAGAAAGUGACCCCAAAGAACAGAUGUCUCGCUCUCUGCGAGGCGUCAUGCGGGUGGGGCUGGUGGCAAAAGGGUUGCUUCUUAAGGGAGACCUCGACCUGGAGCUCGUGCUGCUUUGUAAAGAAAAACCCACUACAUCUCUGCUAAAAAAAGUUUCUGAUAAUCUUGUUAAUCAACUGAAGCUGAUUACAGAAGAUAAGUAUGUGGUGAGCCCUCAGAUCCACGAGGCCAGUAUUGUGAUUAAGAACACAAAGGAUCUGCCCCUGACCCUCACCAUUCACCUGACCUCUCCGGUGGUGCGUGAGGAGAUGGAGCGAGCUGUCGCAGGAGAAACGCUUUCAGUCAACGAUCCUCCGGAUGUUCUGGACAGGCACAAAUGCCUGGCUGCCUUGGCUUCUCUUCGCCACGCUAAGUGGUUCCAGGCACGGGCCAAUGGGCUUCGCUCGUGUGUCAUCGUCAUCCGUAUCCUGAGGGACCUGUGUUCCCGCGUCCCCACGUGGGCUCCUCUGCGUGGAUGGCCACUGGAGUUGAUUUGCGAGAAAGCCAUUGGCACUGGGAACCGGCCGAUGGGUGCAGGUGAAGCGCUACGCAGAGUUCUGGAGUGCCUCGCCUCAGGAAUCCUUAUGGCAGAUUGUGCUGGAAUCUCCGAUCCAUGCGAGAAGGAGCCGACUGAUGCCAUUGCUCACUUGGACCAUCAGCAGAGAGAAGACAUCACACAGAGUGCUCAACAUGCCUUAAGGUUGUCUGCUUUCGGACAGCUGCACAAAGUGCUUGGGAUGGACCCUCUCCCCUCUAAAAUGCCUAAGAAACCACGAACGGACACUCCUAUAGAUUACACUGUUCAAAUCCCACCCAGUCAUAUUGAUACCCACCAAUACACUCCUCCAAUGAAAAGGCCCAUAGAGGAAGAAGAUGGAACUGAUGACAAAAGCCCAAAUAAAAAGAAGAAGAAACUUCAAAAGAAAUCCCCUGAGGAAAAGACUGAGCCCCCUCAGGCCAUGAAUGCUCUAAUGAGGCUGAACCAGCUGAAGCCGGGCCUGUUGUACAAACUGGUGUCUCAGACUGGGCCAGUGCAUGUUCCCGUCUUCACUAUGGCCGUGGAGGUAGAGGGUCAGACCUUUGAGGCUUCCGGACCGUCCAAACGUACUGCCAAGCUCCAUGUAGCUGUCAAGGUCCUACAGGAUAUGGGCCUUCCCACUGGUGUGGAUCUGAAGACUGCUGAGCAGGUGAAAUCUGAAGAGAAUGAAGUCUCUGUAGAUGAUGUGAAGCCUGAGUUACACUCCAUAGAAACUUCAGCAGGCACAGGAGCCGCCAACACAGAAUCAACUGAUGCUGCAGAGGCUGCACGCCAACAGGGACCAAUUUUGACCAAACACGGGAAGAAUCCAGUGAUGGAGCUGAACGAGAAGCGGCGUGGCCUGAAGUACGAGCUAAUCUCUGAGACUGGAGGCAGCCAUGACAAACGCUUUGUUAUGGAGGUGGAGAUCGAUGGGCAGAAGUUCCAGGGAACGGGCUCCAACAAGAAGGUGGCAAAGGCUUACGCUGCCCUAGCCGCUCUGGAGCAGCUCUUUCCUGAGGGAUCCUUUGUCGACGCUACGAAAAAGAAAAAGGGGCCUCCCAUGCACACAGGCUUUGGCAUGAUGGGAGCAGAUGGUGUCAUGCCCAGAGGAAGAGGAAGGGGUCGUGGAAGAGGACGCGGGUUCAACAAUGGAGGAGGCUAUGGACAAGGAGGUGGCUUCGGAAGCUACGGUUACGGGAACAAUUCUACCCCUGGAUACAGUGACUUUGUCUCAGACUAUUACUACAACAAUGGCGGUACAAAUGGAGGGAAUGGCUCUAUGAGCAGUCCCUCAAGUGGACCAGCUCCCAGCACCUCUCCUGCCUCUGCUCCGAGCUCCUACAGCUCUUACUACUCUCAGGGAAGCUACACUGCCCCCGCUGCUAACAAGAUGCCACCAAAAAAGAAGCCUCCAAUGCACAAAAGUGGAAAGGCUCCCUAUCAGAGCGCCAACACCAGCAGUGGCCCCUCACUGGGAUACCAGUCCAAUACUGCCUCUGGUCAGACCUAUAGCCAGUACAGCCAGGGCUACGGGCUGGGAAAGAAGAACUUCAACCAGAGUCAAGGAAGCACAGGUGGAUACUCGUACAGCACUGCUUAUCCAAGUCAAGUGACGGGAGGCACUGGGAGCAGCCAGGACUACACUUAUGAAGGCUUCAACAAUCAGUCCAGUUACAACUCUCAAGGAGGAGGUGGGGGGAGCAACCAGAGCUUCAACAGUCACUCCCAGUACCAUAACCAGUCAAGCUACGGUCGCGGAGAGAGCAACAUGAACUAUCAGUACAGAUAG